CCCACCAUGACCACCUCUCUCGACGCUCUCAAGCAGACUGGCACCGUCGUCGUCUCCGACUCCGGUGACUUUGAGUCCAUCGAUGUUUACAAGCCCCAGGAUGCGACCACCAACCCGUCGCUCAUUCUCCAGGCCGCGAACAAGGAAGCCUACCAGCGCCUGAUCGACAAUGCCGUCAAAUUCGGCAAGCAGAAGGGCGGCGACCUUGAGAACCAGGCCAAUGCCGCCAUGGACCGGCUCCUCGUCGAAUUUGGCAAGGAAAUCCUUGCCAUCAUCCCCGGCCGCGUCUCCACCGAGGUCGAUGCCCGCCUGUCCUUCGACAAGCAGGGGACUAAGACCAAGGCAAAAGAGCUCAUUGCUCUGUACGAGUCGGUCGGCAUCAAGAAGGACCGAGUGCUGAUCAAGAUCGCCUCGACGUGGGAGGGCAUCCAGGCUGCGCGGGAGCUCGAGCGCGAUGACGGUAUCCACUGCAACCUCACGCUUCUGUUCGGCUUCCCGCAAGCUGUUGCUUGCGCAGAGGCCGGCGUGACGCUGAUCUCGCCCUUCGUCGGCCGUAUCCUUGACUGGUACAAGAAGAACCAGCCCAGCCCUGACUACGUUGGCGACAAUGACCCCGGUGUGCAGUCUGUGAAGAAGAUCUUCAACUACUAUAAGCAGUACGGCUAUAAGACGAUUGUGAUGGGUGCCUCGUUCCGCAACAGUGGCGAGAUCAAGGCACUUGCUGGGGUUGACUUCUUGACCAUUGCCCCAGCUCUGCUUGAGGAGCUAAAGAACGACACUGCGCCUGUCCCUAAGAAGCUCGAUUCUGAGGCUGCCCGCACUCAGGCCGAGAAGAUCUCCAAGGUCACCUACAUCGACAACGAGGCCGAGUUCCGCUGGGCCCUUCUCCAGGAGCAGAUGGCUUUCGAUAAGCUCCAUGAGGGUAUCAAGAAGUUCGCUGAGGACGGCGAGACCCUCAAGAAGCUCCUCCGCCAGAAGCUCUCAGCCUAAGCGAUGGGGUCCAGAGUGGGCUUUACCACAACGGUGCUCCCCUCCUAGAUCAGGCGACUCUUCUCGUGCGAGUCGAGCUCGAUAUAUCAACUAAUACUAGGAGCAAAGGGAGAGAAAGAAAAAAAAUGGAUGUAUCAAUAAGCGAAGAGAAGUUGUAUCACUUUAAUUGUAGCGCCCUUUAGUGGAAUAGACAGUCUACCUUUCGGCCUCGAG